AUGAUGUACCGAAUUCUGCACGCGGGCCACAUGUACUUCAGCUUCAUGAUCCAGGACCUUUCGUUACCUUAUGACACGGUUGAAGAGUUUAUUGAUGACACCUCCAAAAGUCCGGGGGUCUGGCCACUUUGGCUCUGUCCCUUACGAGCCACCGACCCACCAACAUUCCAUCCCAGUCAUGUCGCAGACGGAAAGCCUCAGCCAAUGCUGAAUAUUGGUCUUUGGGGACCGGCAUCAAUGGACGCUGAAGCUUUUGUGCAGCAAAAUCGGCAGCUGGAGCGGCGUCUAACUGAGCUGGGCGGCCGCAAAGUCCUAUAUUCACACACGUACUACCCAGAGGAGGAUUUCUGGGCACUGUAUGAUCGCAAAUGGUACGACGAGCUGAGGAGAAAGUAUUCGGCUACAAACUUGCCAACCGUCUGGGAGAAAGUCAAAGUGGACGAACCGCACCUGAUGCGAAAUCAAUCAUGGCUUCAACGCCUUGCCUGUCAAUGGCCAUUUGCAGAAUUAUCGGAAUUCGGCAUGCCAUUCAGAGCCAAGAUUAUUUAA